AUGGCAGAAGCAACAACCGUCAACUGGGAAGACGACGAAUUCAGCCAAUACAUCAAGACCUGCGAGCCCAAGUACCUCCUCAACGAAGCCCACGCAUACGAGGAUAGCAAGUACCGCCUGCGAGGAAAAUUCGCCUUUGGCAUCGAAGCCGGUGUCUGCUCUCUUGGUUGGGGAACGCCGUUCACCUUGAUAUACUCUGGCUGGGCCUGGAAGAACUUCAGGAAGGUCGACCGCAGGUUUGACAUCAUGGUUCACACGAUGAAGAAAAGGGAUCUCACCUGGGUGGGCUGCAGCGAAGCACAUAAGUGGAAGAUGUGGGCCGCGGGGCAGGUCAAGCCGUGA